GAUAAAGCUAGUCUUGUUUUAUGGAAGAAGAAGAUCUUUGAUUGUAGUUGUUACAAAAUGUUGGUAUUUUUGCCUCAAUAAAAAGUUAUUUAAAGCACAAAAAGAUAUCUUUAGGAUCUCUUACUAUAAUUUCAUGUGAUGACAGAAUUUAUAUUAUAUAUUGUUGUAUUUAUUUAAAUGUGUAAACUGAUUACACCAAUAAAAUUAGUGUACAUAAUGGCUUCAAAUUUCACCAAUGUAAUCUGAUGAAAGUGUUUAAGUGAAAAAGAAUAUUUUACGACUCGGAAUUAAAAGCCUAAAAAAGGUGUGAAUAGGAAGACAGACCCUCCCUCCUCCUUCUCAAAGAAGUGAUUUGAAUUUAGAGAAAUACAAACGAAGGACUUUACCCACCAGCCAUUUGGUCUUCUAUUAAUAGUAAAAUGGUGCCGUGUGUGUGACCAAGUCACAAAAACGUCGUCGUUUUUCGACUCUUCCCACCACAAACAUUUCCAGAAGAGAUCCAAAUUUAUUUCUCUGCUUAGAAAAGAAAAGAAAAGAAAGGGAAGAAAAGUUGGAGAAAGCGAAGGUGGUAGUGAGUGGCGAUUCCAAUGAAGCUAUUUGCUAGAAGAAGGAGACACAAUCUUUCUCUUCCUACUAGGGACGAUAAUCGCCCUAUGGACACUCAAGAACAAGAGGAAUUGGUUCGUUUGUUCGAAGGUGACCAAGCCAAACAGAGUCGUUUAUGGAGGAGCGUGUUUGCAGCGAUUCUCUUUUGUUUUGCGGGUUUUCUUGUGUACUCUAUUUUUGGGCAGGUUUCAUCUCCGUGGGAACAGCGAUAUUAUGCUUACUUCAUGAAGGAUGUGGAGUCUUGGAUGAUUAUAUCUGCAGGAUGGGUAGCUGUUUUAGCAUGUUCAUUGGCCAUCGUAGGACUACUUACUGGCUCGAAGUAUCGCAGGCGAUGGAUGUGGUGCUCAUUCUUUGCAAGUAUUAUACUUUCAGUGUUUUGGUUGUAUUACAUGUUGAGGUUGCCAAGAUUCCGGUGGGACAUAAUUUGGCUUCCAUUUGGAACACUUAGUGGAGCUGGACUCUCCUUGUAUGUGGAUCAUCUCCUUAAUGAAUCAGCGGAAGAAGUGAGAAAACUUCGAGGCUACAUGUAUUCUUAUAAGGCCCGCUGAAAGUUGGGUUCAAACUUUAAUUAUUAGGAACUAUUUCAUAAAUACCAAGAAAUAGGGAUGUUUUUGUUGUUGUUAGGUUGUUAUGAGUGAAAGGAUACUUAUGUCCAUUUAUAUUAGAAGCCCUUUUGAGGAAAGGAGAGUAUGAAAUGGACGUAAUCUACAAAUUGGCCUGAAAGUUUUUGUAGCAGCAAUGAGUCUAAUCUUCUUAACUUUUCUUUUAUGUACGAAUUGAUUUAUCUUGAGAAGCUUUAAAAUGUUUCUUUAUUUUUAAGAAGAGAAAAAAAAUGAAAUAAAAUUAUAUCAUUCAAACUUCAAA